CGCGCGGUGAUGACGUCAGCCCAUGUUUGCCUAAACUGAAAAGCAGUGAAUCGGCACAAUCUAUUGCAGUGCAUUGGUGGGGUGGUAAACUCCACAAACACAGUUGAUAGUACAGGACAGAUUCAUAAUCAUCAACAACGUCUCGUUGCUUGGUUAUUCCUAGGCUCUGUGCGAAAAUGGAGACAUAUUUAAAGGGGUGUCGGGACGCGCUGAAGGGUCACAUGAGGAACAGCUUUGGGCAGCUCCAUGUUGUCCUGGGGAAUGAGGCAUGUGAUAUUGACUCCAUGGUAUCAGCUCUCACUUUUGCCUAUUUUCUGUCAAAGACUGUAGACUCUGGGAAAGCAGUAGUGCCUAUGCUGAACAUUCCAAGGGCAGAACUUCCCUUGCGCUCUGACAAUACCUUUCUGCUGAGAGAGAGCGGCCUGUCGCAGGACUACUUGCUGUUCCGGGACGAGGUGGAUUUGCACAGCCUGAAAAAUCUGACCAUCACAUUAGUGGACCACAACGUUCUACCAGUGGCUGACAGAACACUGGAAAAUGCUGUGGUGGAAGUCAUUGAUCAUCAUCGUUUAGAUAGAACUUUGUCUACCUCCUGUCAAGUAACCACGGAGACUGUGGGUUCCUGUGCCACCUUGAUUACAGAGCGCAUUGUCCAGAAGGCACCUGAUCUGCUGGACCAACAGGUGGCACAGCUCCUGUAUGGCGCGAUUAUCACUGACUGUGUUAAUAUGGCACCUGAGGCUGGGAAAGUCACACCAAAAGACAGCCAGUAUGUCAUCCUUCUAGAGAGCCGCUUCCCUAAACUCCCUCCUCGGAGCAUUCUCUUUCAGUCUCUACAGAACGCUAUGUUUGAUGUGUCAGGCCUUACUACAGAGCAAAUGUUGUUAAAAGACAUGAAGACUGUAUCAGGAGGAGAUCUGAGACUGGCUGUCAGUGUUAUUUACAUAACACUUGAGACAUUUCUGCAACGAGAGUACCUGCAACAGGAGUUCUGUGAAUUCUGUCAUAAGCAUAACUACAAUGUGGUUGUGGCCAUGACCAUCUCUUUCAUCGACAAUAAGGAGCCUUUCAGGCAGAUUGCUGUAUACAGCUCCAGCACACGCAACAGGGAUGAGGUAAUUAAAGCACUUGAAAAAGCCAGGAGCCCCCAUCUGAAUCUCACACCCAUGAGCAGUCCAUAUACAGAUUUGAAGGCCUAUGUUCAGGGUAACGUACUGGCCUCACGUAAGAAGGUGUUACCCAUCAUUUCAGAUUUCCUUAAAGACUUAGAGAGGAAAAUGGAACAACUGGAGGACCUUGAGCUGGAGGAUGAGUGCUCACAAGAGCAGGGGGACUCUCAGCAAUACUGUGAGGACACUGUAAUGGAAGAAGACUCCGGUGUUCCCCCAACACCAAUGAACAGCCUGGUCGAAGGCUGUCCAUUGGACAAUGGUCUUCCCAGAAUCAAUACAGACAUGCUGGUGGAAAAGGUCAGCAAGAUAAUCAGUGAGGAGGAUGAUGAUGGACCAUGAUGGUACACUAGUUUUAUUACUGAACCUCAUAGACAAGAAGUUGGCCAUUGGAGAAAACUGGUUGUUCUUGUUCAGGUAUGUACUGCAUAUACAGUUAGCCCAGGGCACGCAACAGGAAACUGCUUUUUUCUGACUGGAAAAGUACAUAUUCCUGGUGUCUUAGACAUGGUACUCCAAUUAUUAGAAGCUGUUCAAUAUGUCAUGUUCUGCAUUUUGACAUAAUUAUCAUGGAUAUUUGUUUGUAUUAUAUAAAAUUUUUAGUCCA